AAUACAAGCAACACACAUCCAUCGCCGACUCGCCGACUCUGCUGACUGUGCUGUGCCUGUGCUGCCUGUGUUCUGACUGGCACCUCUCAGUUGGCUUAUUGGUUACGAGGCAGUAAUUCCGAUAUACCUGAGAUAAAAGCAUGUUUGCAGGAGGCCUUUUCAGCGGAGGCCGUGAGGGUCUCGGGGCCACGGUUCGUCGGACGUGCUAGCGCAACGGCCGACCGGGCGUGAGGAUGACGUGAACGCGGCCACACCAUGAGGUACCGGCCCUUCCUGCUGGGCAUUGGGGCGACCCUGCUGGUCUGGUGCCUGGUGAUGCUGCUUUACCUGCGGCCCCCGGAGGCCCCCCGGCCGGCCGGCAGCGGGGGACCCUUCCACCGUUGGAAGUUGAGGCCGCGGCGUGGCAACGGCAGCCUCACGGGGAUGCUAGGGGGGCCACGCAACCGCAUUCUCGGCGGCUCGGUCGACGGGGGCCCCGAAAAGGCGGCGGACGGGAGCGUGGUGGUUGCGGACGCGUCCCGGCUGGGCGUGAUCCGGAGCCCCAAGGACCAGCAGGUGAAGGUGGCGGGCUACCACCAGCAUGCCUUCAACCUGCUCAUCAGCAACCGCCUGGGCUUCUACCGCAGCCUGCCGGACACCCGCAACCCCCUGUGCCGCAGCGAGGAGCACGGGGCGGAGCUUCCCACGGCCAGUGUGGUGGUCUGCUUCUACAACGAGGCGUGGUCCACCCUCCUGCGCACGGUGCACACAGUGCUGGGGCGCACCCCCCGCCACCUGCUCCACGAAGUCAUCCUGGUGGACGACAACAGCACCCAAGUUGACCUGGGCCCCCAGCUGGCGGAGUAUGUGUCGUCCCAGCUCCCGUCGCACGUGCGCCUCAUCCGUACCCGGGACCGAGAGGGCCUCAUCCGCGCACGCAUGUUCGGCGCCCGCAACGCCUCCGGCGAGGUACUGGUGUUCCUGGACAGCCACUGCGAGGUGAACGUUGGCUGGCUGGAGCCCCUGCUGGAGCGCAUUCGCGCCAACCGCGCCACGGUGACGUGCCCCAUCAUCGACAUCAUCAACGCGGACACCUUCGAGUACACGGCCUCCCCCAUUGUGCGCGGAGGCUUCAACUGGGGACUGCACUUCAAGUGGGAGUCGCCCCCCGCGGGACUGGCACGCAAGGGGCGGGGAGCCAUCGCCCCCAUCCCGUCCCCCACGAUGGCGGGCGGCCUGUUUGCCAUGGACCGCAAAUUUUUCCACCGCCUGGGCGAGUACGACGACGGCAUGGACAUCUGGGGUGGGGAGAACCUCGAGAUAUCCUUCCGGAUCUGGAUGUGUGGCGGGCAGCUGGAGAUCAUCCCCUGCUCUCGAGUGGGGCACGUGUUCCGGCGGCGACGCCCCUACGGGUCGCCCAACGGCGAGGACACCCUCACCAAGAACUCGCUCAGGGUCGCCCACGUCUGGAUGGACGACUACAAGAAGUACUACUUCCAAACGCGGUCGGACGUGGUGGGCAAGCCAUACGGGGACAUCACGUCACGGGUGGCGCUCCGCAAGCGCCUGGGGUGCCGCUCCUUUGACUGGUACAUGAAGACGGUGUACCCGGAGCUGCAGCCGCCUUCCAAGGAUGGGCCCAAGCGCAGCAAGAAGCAGCGCAACAAGGCCCUGCACAGGAAUCUCAAGCGCAAGAUGCCGGCCAUCCUCGGAAGGUUCCAGCUCCAGUUGUUUGGGAGCCAUCUGUGCAUAGAGUCGGAGGAUGACGUGACCACCAAGGGCUCUGCGCUGCUGCUUGGGGAGUGCGCCACCGUCAAGCGCCAGUUAUGGUACGAGACGGAGAAGCACGACCUGCGCCUGGCCAACCUGCUCUGCCUGGACGGGGGCGACCAGUUCCCGACACUGGCCAAAUGCCACGAGAUGGGGGGAUCCCAGGACUGGAGGCACUCUUCUAACAAGGCCGCUCCACUGUACAACCUGGCUGCCGGUCUCUGCCUGGGGUCCAAGCGGGUGGCGGCGGGGGAGCCGGUCACCAUGGAGAUGUGCGACGACGCCUCGGCCUCCAGGCACUGGACCUUUAAGAAAGUCGCCGCCCCCUGAGUCGUCCCGGCCCUUCCCCGGGAGGCGUUCACUGCCGCCACCGCAUUUAAAGUCUGCCAGCCAACUCGGGGUCAACUUUCCGCGUCCUUUUAGAAGCGAGGAGUGCGCUUGCACAGCUUUCAUCGGUGCUCAAGGUGUGCGAGUGCACGGGCACUCGUAGCUUUGGCUUCAUUGCCACAGAAAGCUGCCCAAAUUGUAGCAAACUCCGAGAACAGGAAUUCCAUUGGUUAAUUUGUCAGUGCGACACCUACUGUGACUGCUCAGUUUUUGUUAGUUGCUGGAUACAUAUUUAUUACCAUCCCUAAGGUGCUCUGGCCACUGAUAGAAAGAAGUAAAAUAGUUAACCUUUAUCCCAAGUACCGCAUCGUUCUGCGCAUGCCACAGAGACCGGUACUCGUUGCAGUACUCCGAAUCCUUCCUGUCUGGUGAAAAAGAUUGUGCCAACGUUUUGUUGGGCUUGUGUGGCCUCACCUUUUUGGAGUUCCCCAGUUGUCUCCUCGGCGGUAUUGCGAAUAUUGUUUAGGUUUUAGAGGUCACUUUGACAUAGUGGUAAUGGGUGCUAGAAAGUAAUUAUAAACCGUAGCCACGUAAACGGCGGCUUCCGGUUGAAUGAUUAAUUUAUUCUGCUUGCGUAUUCAUACUUCUACUGUGUAGUUGUUGCAUACUUUCUGUGAAACUGACUAUUGCUACUGUGCUACAAAUAUGCAGGGUGGUUGAUUUUAGUUCGAGCAGAUUUUUGAAAAAAGGGGAUGAGAGACGAGUGGCUAUGUUCCCCGUUUAUUUAUCGGGUUUGGCAGGCGUUGGAUGAAAGGAUAAACGUCGUGGUAAGUUGACUAAUUAACUAAAAUACAUUAAUUAACUUUUUCAUUAUUGGUUUUAGGGGUAAUGUUGUAAGUGCAGCAUUGAUGGCAAUUACUAAUAGAGGCCAUACCAAUUAAAAGGAUUUGCAAAAAGAUGAUGGUUUUUCCAAUAUUAAUCUAUCAAGUUUUGCUUCUUUGUUCUUCGACCUAUUUAAAACUUGCGCUGAAAAAGAGCGCCUCAAGCCCUGCCCAAAAUGACGGUUCGAAGAGCAACGUAGUCAUUUCAAUCAUGUCAUCACUAUCUCAGCAGCGUGUCCUUGGUGGGUGUGCCAAGGACACAAGCGGCCGCGUGACUGAAGCGACUACGCCACUUUUCUAACUUUCAUUGUGGGCAGACCUUGCGUGCUUGUUUUGCGCACAGUUUUGAAAUCUGGCAAAAUAUUGUGAAAAUAUGGAAAAAUAUAAUUUUUGCAAAUUCUUUAAAUUGGCCUGGCUUCCAAUAGUAUUUGCUGUCAAUACUGAAAUUGAAACAUAGCCCCUAAAACCAAUUAUUAAAAAGUUAAUUGAGAAAUAUUAGCUAAUUUGUCAACUUUCUUUAAUGUCUGCCAAACCUAAUAAAUGCGUAGUGAAGAUAACACUCGUCUAUCGCCCCGUUUUUAAAAAAAUUCUUCUGAAAUGAAUAUAAACGCCGUGUAUAACGACGGGGAAUCCGGCGUACCACCGAAGGAUUCCUUUGGUCAUCACCCCUGUUCGAAGCAUACCUGUAAAUGUUGAAAGUCGUAUUUUGGUGCAAGACCUGAUUUUCUGGAGUAUGUGCGUGCAUUUGUGUCUUUGAUCAUUUGAUCGCUUGCAACCUGUGUGACACCGGCGUUGGAGCAAAGAAGGCGUGAAGAUGUCUUCGGACGCACCACGCCCACACUGAAUCGACGGGUGCAAUGCGUCAAAUUUCGAACGAGAGGGAAGCAGUAUUAGAGUCUCACCUUCGAAGUACGUAUGAAUGUGUCCUACUCUCGUCUACCCUGCCCAGUAACAGCCGUAACUGCGCAAGCUGGAAAUUCGGCUGUUGGGGCUACUUCCAGUUUUCUCUCAGACUUACCUUACCGUGUCCGAUUGUUUGGUCGGCUCGAUGGGAAUUCACGAGCGCGCGAGGCGCCAGUAAAAGUCCGUUAAAAAGGGCAUUCGAGUCGCGUGUGGCUGGGCUUUCACGGCACGGUGCCCACCGGUUGCUCGCUCGCCUCGAAUAAAUGUGGCACGGACGUUUUUAAAACCCUCG